AUGUCGGGUUUGGGGCCCAAGAGACUGGGCAAGGAGCUCACAAAGAUCCAGAACAGCCUGCCGCCUGGCAUCACACUUGUCUCGGCCGACAAUCUGGAGGAAUGGUUCCUUGAUAUUCAAGUGCUCGACCAGAACCCGCUCUACGCCGGUCAGACAUACAGAUUAAAAUUCAAGUUCAGCAAGUCCUACCCGAUCGAGCCGCCCGAAGUCACGUUUACGAAGACGGACAACCGACCCAUACCCAUGCACCCUCAUAUCUAUUCGAACGGGAUCAUCUGCCUAGACCUGCUGGGCUCCCAGGGAUGGAGUCCGGUGCAGAACGUGGAGAGCGUCUGCAUGAGCAUCCAGAGCAUGCUGACGGGGAACACAAAGGACGAGCGGCCGCCCGGCGACGAGGAGUUUGUCAGGGGGAACCGCCUGCGCCCGAGAGACAUCGAUUUCUACUACCACGAUAAUACUGUCUAG